GGGUUCUAAACCCCCGAGGAAAGGACAGCUCAAUGGGGAUACCCAAAAAUUUUCACCCUGUGAAACGAUGAUGCGCCAAGUUCGCGCAUUCCUCACCACCGCAAGGUAUUUCUCGACGGUAGCGGCGGCGACCGAGAAAGCAGCUAAAGUUUCUAAAGGAGCGGAAAAAAGUGGUGGCGGCACCCGAGAUACGCUAGGAGGGAGGCUUGUAAGUCUCGUCUACCCAAAACGUAGCGCGGUGGUUGCUAUAAGAAAAUGGAAAGAGGAAGGCCGUCCGGUCCGCAAGUACGAGCUCAACCGGAUUGUGAGAGAGCUCCGGAAACUCAAGCGCUACAAACACGCCCUCGAGAUUUGUGAAUGGAUGACACUCCAGCAUGACAUCAAGCUAUUGCCUGGUGACUAUGCUGUCCACUUGGACUUGAUUGCAAAAAUUCGUGGGUUAGCUAGUGCAGAAAAGUUCUUUGAAGACCUUCCUGAUCAAAUGAGAGAUCGACACACUUGCACAGCUCUGCUCCACACAUAUGUUCAGUACAAGAUGUCUGCCAAAGCCGAGGCUUUGAUGGAGAAAAUGUCAGAAUGUGGUUUCUUAAAGUCUCCUCUUCCUUAUAAUCAUAUGAUCUCACUAUACAUCUCGAAUGGGCAAGUAGAAAAGGUUCCGGAGAAAAUUCAGGAAUUAAAGAAAAAUACUUUGCCUGAUGUUGUCACAUAUAAUCUAAUGUUAGCUGUUUGUGCCACAAAAAACGACACGGAGACUGCAGAUGAUAUCUUGUCAACGAUGAAGAAGGCAAAACUAGAUCCAGACUGGGUAACAUAUAGUACUUUAACUAACAUAUACAUUAAAGGAAAACAAUUCAAGAAGGCAGCAUCUACAUUGAAGGAUAUGGAAAAGAUGGCUUCUCGGAGAAACCGAGCUGCCUAUUCGUCCCUCCUCAGUUUGUAUACAAACAUUCAGGAUAAGGAUGAGGUUCAGCGAAUCUGGAAAAAGAUGAAAUCUAGUUUCCACAAAAUGAAUGAUGCUGAGUACACAUGUAUGAUAGCUUCACUUGUCAAGCUUGAGGACCUUGGAGAAGCUGAGAAUCUUUAUAAUGAGUGGGAAUCUGUUAGUACAACUGGUGAUGCUAGAAUUCCAAAUUUACUUCUUGCUGCAUACAUCAACAGAGACCAGAUGGAAGUCGCUGAAAGCUUUUACCAAAGAAUUGUGCAAAAAGGUAUUUCUCCUUGUUACACCACUUGGGAACUCCUUACGUGGGGCUAUUUGAAGAAGAAACAGAUGGAAAAGGUAUUAGCUUGUUUCAAGCAAGCUAUUGGUAGUGUGAAAAAAUGGGAUCCUAAUGGUCGGUUGGUUAAGGAAGUAUUCAAGAAAAUUGAGGAGGAGGGUGAUAUUGAAGGAGCAGAGAAGCUUUUAGUUAUUCUCCGGAACGCUGGUCAUCUCACUACAGAGGUAUACAAUUCAAUUCUACGAACUUAUGCAAAAGCUGGUAAAAUGCCACUCAUAGUUGAAGAGCGGAUGAAUAAGGACAAUGUACCCCUAAAUGAAGAAACACACACACUCAUAAAAAUUACUAGCAAAAUGUGUGUGAGUGAAAUUUCAAGCAUUGAGUAGAAUCCAUUUUUGCAUCUAAAGUAUGGUGCUAGAAGUGAAUGUCUAGCACUGAAUCUGAUUGUUUCUAUGCUGAAUGUAUUGUAGUCAUGGUGAAAUAGAAGAUUGUGAAAGUAUUUUGUUUCCUGAAUUUGUUGUUGGUUGCCCCCUUGUUCUCUUUUACCCAUUAUCACAUAUAUCUCUACAUUACAGCAUAGGAAUGAAAAAAUGGUUACUUG